GGCGGCGAGGGGGGCGGAGCGGAGCGGGCCGGGGGGCCGGUCCUGCCGGGUGCCGCCCGCCGGUCACGUAGCUCUGCGGCACCGCAGCCCCAUUUACCGCGGGGCCGGAGCGCGCAGCCCGCAGUCCGCUCGCCGCCGCCCGCCCUGCACGCCGCCACCAUGACGCACCAAUACCCCGCGCUGACGGCCGAGCAGAAGAAGGAGCUGUCGGACAUCGCGCUGCGCAUCGUGGCCCCGGGCAAGGGCAUCUUGGCUGCUGAUGAGUCCGUAGGGAGCAUGGCGAAGCGCCUCAACCAGAUUGGAGUGGAGAACACGGAGGAGAACCGCCGGCUGUACCGCCAGAUCCUCUUCAGCGCCGACAGCCGGGUGAAGAAAUGCAUUGGGGGGGUCAUCUUCUUCCACGAGACCAUGUACCAGAAGGCUGACGACGGAACCCCCUUUGUGCAGAUGAUCAAGGAUAAGGGCAUCGUCGUGGGCAUCAAGGUAGACAAGGGUGUUGUGCCGCUGGCUGGGACCGAUGGCGAGACCACCACGCAGGGUCUGGAUGGGCUGUCCGAGCGUUGUGCCCAGUACAAGAAGGAUGGGGCUGACUUUGCCAAGUGGCGCUGUGUGCUGAAGAUCAGUGACAACACCCCCUCUGCACUCGCCAUCAUGGAGAACGCCAACGUCCUGGCCCGCUAUGCCAGCAUCUGCCAGCAGAAUGGCAUCGUGCCCAUCGUGGAGCCAGAGAUCCUGCCUGAUGGUGACCACGACCUCAAGCGGUGCCAGUACGUGACGGAGAAGGUGCUGGCAGCUGUCUACAAGGCACUGAGCGACCACCACGUCUACCUGGAGGGCACCCUGCUGAAGCCCAACAUGGUGACCCCAGGGCACUCCUGCCCCACCAAGUACAGCCCCGAGGAGAUCGCCAUGGCCACUGUCACUGCCCUGCGCCGCACCGUGCCCCCCGCCGUGCCAGGUGUCACCUUCCUGUCCGGGGGUCAGAGCGAGGAGGAGGCUUCCAUCAACCUCAACGCCAUCAACACGUGCCCGCUGGUGCGGCCAUGGGCUCUCACCUUCUCCUAUGGGCGGGCGCUGCAGGCGUCGGCGCUGAGCGCCUGGCGCGGGCAGAGGGACAACGCCACCGCCGCCACCGAGGAGUUCGUCAAGCGCGCAGAGGUGAACGGGCUGGCGGCGCUGGGCAAGUACGAGGGCAGCGGGGACGACUCGGGGGCCGCCGGGCAGUCCCUGUACGUGGCCAACCACGCUUACUGAGCCCCCUGCGUGCACCCCAGCGGCCCCCUCCCUGCCACCGCUCACACCCCGCUUCCCCCCCAGCCACCCAGGGGAGCCGCCACGCGGGGAGGGGAAGGGGAGCGCGCCCCACGGGCCGGCCCCACGCAGAUGAAAUGUGGGGAGGGGGGGCCCUGGUUAUACCCGGCCCCCUUGAAGGGAAACACCCGGGUGCCCCUUUUUGGUGUGGGGGGGCUCCGGCCAGGCCGCGUGGGGGGGGGCAGGAGGGGAGGUGUGUGUGGGGAGUGCCCCUGCCCUGCCGUAGCUUCGCAGUCCCGGUUGCUGCCGCCCUCGGGGCGCCUGUGUUGUGUUCGCCAUGUGCACCCCAUGUGUACCAAAUAGCCUAACAGCGAAUAAACGGUAGAGACAG